GCAAAUUUCUCCUUCCACUCGUCGGUCCAUAAGUGGCUAGUUUUGAGUGAAAUAUUUGGUGCUUACUACACGCCCGCGUCGUACGAUGGAUCCACCGUCUCUCAAGGGGCGGAUUCCGUUGACAACGGUCUCGAACAACCACAGCCUGCAGCAACAGCCACCACCGGUCGGCAUUCCGAGCGGGAAUAGCUUCGGGAUCAAUGUCCCUCGCAAACCCGAUCCCAUUCUUUGUGAUGACAAGUUUUUCUUGUACCGUAAAAGGCAGGAGAAGGAUCAAGAUCCUUUCGGGCGGCUGUCGGAUGAAGUGUUGCUCCACAUUUUCAAAUGGCUACCGAAAAAGGCGCUGUUCCGGUGUGGUGAAGUGUGCCGGCGAUUCAACCGGGUCACGAAGGAUGACUCACUGUGGGUGCGAAUAGAUUUGUCCGGGCGCACCCUCAACAGCAACGCCCUGCGAUUCAUACUGAGCCACGGAUUCACCAUUCUUCGCAUGGCACAGACUGAGAUCGUAUGGCCAUCGGAGCUGGUUUUCCAUCCUGAUCACAGAACGAAGCUGCAGUACCUGGACCUGAGCAUGACCACCAUCGAUAAGAGGGCGCUAUUUACAUUGCUGGCGGUUUGUCGCAACUUGCGCAAGCUCAGCCUCGAGAACAUCCCGCUCGAUGAUGCCAUUUGCUACGAGAUCGCGCAGAAUCCUAAUAUUGAGACGCUCAACCUUAGCAUGUGCUCGGAUAUCAGCCCCACGGGUCUGUUGGCGAUUGUUUCGUCGCUAAAAAAGCUACACAACCUCAACGUUGCCUGGACGCACUUAUCGUCCAGUGCAUUGACGCAUCUCGUCACCAAGUGUAAUCCCGGCAUGCUGCGACUUAACAUUGCCGGAUGCCGUACUACAAUGACUGAUUCCGAAAUUGCAUCUAUAGUGCGGCGAUGUCCCACGCUGCUCGAGCUCGAUGUAUCUGAUUGUACGAAUCUAACGCAGAAAUCCAUCGACCAUCUCUGCCGGUUACAGAAGCUCGAAUAUUUGGCACUCUCACGGUGUUACAACAUUAACACCACCGCUUAUCUGAAACUGGCCAACCUCGAGACCCUUGCAUUUUUGGACAUUUUCGGGCUAAUGUCAGACAGUUCGCUGGCCGUCGUACAGAGCGCUAUGGGGUGUAUAGGUAUCAACAAAUUCUAUCACAGCUCGAUCGCGCGACCAACGAUCGGCUCCCGAAGGACAUCCAUUUGGGGCAUAAAGACAAGAGAUUAGCCAUGAUGCCUGGUGUAAGAAAAGCGUGUAAUUUAAAGAAAUAUAUAUCUAGUUUUGAUGCCU